UUCUGAGAUAUAAACUCGCAAUUGCGAGAAAAAAAGUCAGAAUUGCGAGUUUUUAUCUCAGAAUUCUGACUUUUUUUUUUUUUUUUUUUCGCAAUUGCGAAUAUAUCUUUUGACUUACUCGCGGGCACCAUAGGUCAUAGGAAACCAAGAUGUGAGAGCUGCAGCACAUGCCAGUAGCCUUUCUGCUUUCUUCAUCAGCGUUUCUUGAGGAUAAGGUAUGAAUAAAGUUUCUAUUUUAGCCUGAUAAUCUUGUUCGGGUUGAAUGUGUUAAAAUGCUUUUGGCAAGUAUACGAUUUACCAAGUGUUCUGGGCUUAUUAUUUCAUGUAACCUGAUCUUACAUCGUAUAAGUGGCUUUAUAUGUAUUGAGUGAUACUAUAUAUCGUAUCCUGAGGUUUAAUAUUGUACCCAAACCGAGUGAGGUUUGCAUCAAGACAAGAGAUUAAAAUUGUUUUUGAUGAUUUUUUUUUCUGGCUUAUAUACUCGGGUCUAGGCCUAAUAGGCCUAUCAGCCUGUGUUUGCGCUUGUUAAUUUCCAUUAAACGGGUUUUCGCAGGAUGGACGACUUAAUCUCAUUUUUGAGGGAGAGAAACAUCCCAACUACAACGAUAGAAAGGCUAGAGGAGGAUAAGAUUGAUGUCAGUGUCCUCCUGCUAAUGACUGAUGACCAGAUGAGAAGCUAUUUUCCCUCAUAUGGAGAUAGACUGGCAGUGAUGGGGUUUUGUCGAAGGCAAGAAGGAGAGCCAGCUUACAGAAAGUCAAAGCUGUUUGAGCGUCUCAAAUCAAAAUUGACCAAAAGACAAAAAACAAAUAAUUCAGAAACUGAAAGCCUAAACCAAACAACUAGAACAAAAACUUCUCAGCGCACUGUGAGAAAAGUUGAAAUUGGGUGGAUGAACUAUGAUGGACAGGGCUUUGUUCAAAUGAGGGCAAAAAAAGGAGGAGGAACAAGGAAGCUGAGUGUGCCAAAAGAUUGGAAAAGAAAAGAACUGAUGGAGGAGGCAAUUCGUUUGUUUUUCCCAAAUGGAAAGAAUUCUCAUGGCAGCAUUUCAGAAUACGAGUCGGAUCUAACAAACUAUCAGGAAGUGUCAUUAGAUGAAAAAACCACAGUGGGGGAAAUGUAUGAUAUAUCAAAACUCACCAUGAUGAGGUUCUAUCUCACAACAAAAAAGCGGGACAGGGAAGUGGAAAUAUCAGAUUCAGACACAACGGAGGACUUGCACAAUAAAAAUCAGGAUCAAAGUCUUCCCACUUCUUCCAACAAAAUCACUGACUUCUUUCAAGCUUCAGACACUGAUGUAAUUUUUGUGGAAAGUGCAUACAGUGAUGAUGUGUCUCCCUUACGUUCCACAGAGGACCUGCAGGAUUCCGAUGAUCUGAAUGUUCCUUUACAAAGUUCUUCACUGAUCUCACCAGAUGAUUUGGAUACAAGCGAUGUAGUGACCGGAUUCACUGGAAACCUCACCGUACUAGAUGAACAAAUCUUAGAUGACACUUUGCCUCUAAGCCCAGAACCCCCUGUUCCAUACAAAAAAAUUCUUGUUGUUCAUCGUGGACAGAUAUUUUCUGAACUCCUUGCACAUUUCUGUGAUGAUACACUGGAACAUGCACAAACUGAAGUAGAAGUGAAGUUACUCCUGCCAAAUGGGCAGUUUGAGAUGGGCCAUGACGUCGGUGGAGUGUUCAGGGAUUGCCUGUCAGAAUUUUGGCAAGAAUUUUAUGAUCAGUGCACACUUGGGAACUGUUUUAAAGUUCCCUUUCUUCGUCAUGAUUUUGGGAAAGAAAAGUGGGAAAGUGUUGCCCGAAUAAUUCUGUUUGGCUGGAAGAAAGAGAAAUAUCUCCCAAUCAAACUUGCACCUGUCAUCUUCGAGCAAGCAAUACAAGGAUCUGUAAAAAGUGAUCUGACUGACAACUUUUUGAAGUAUGUCUCGGAAAAUGAGCGUGUUGUUUUAGAAGGCUGCAGAACAGACUUCUGUAGCGCAGACCAGGACGAAUUGCUUGAGAUCUUGGACAACUACAGUUGUCGGAGAAUUCCUACUGAAGAAAACUUCACGCAAAUUUUGCAAGAACUGGCACAUAAGACUUUGAUCCAAGAGCCUGCUUAUGUUCUUGAACAGUGGACAAGCAUGCUUGGACCUCUGAGCAAGGACCUUGGGGAAAUCGAAGAUGUGUAUAGUGCACUACAGCCAACAGUGAGAAAAAUUGUUAGAUCUCUCAAAUUCCCCGAAACAAUGAAUACACACCAGAAGGACAUUUCAAAGCAUUUGUCAGCUUACUUGCGGGAGUGUGAUGCAAAACGACAGUCUCUGUUUCUGAGAUUCUGUACCGGAUCAGAUUUGUUUAUAGGCAAAACUAUAACAGUUGAUUUCACAGACCUUAAAGGGUUCGAGAGAAGACCAGUGGCACACACCUGUGGCUGUUUCCUGAGGCUUUCAGUGCACUAUGACAAUUACCCAGAUUUCAGAUCGGAAAUGAAUAAAGUCCUAGAAAGCAAUGUCUGGGUCAUGGACAUCAUUUAGUGGUGGAAAUGAUUUAUGACCAGCACUCAUGGUACCUGUUUUUCAUGGCCUGAACAUAGUAAAAUUUACAUACACUUACAUUUAUCAUACGCAUGCAUGCAUAAAGUAAAAAUUACUUUAAUUUGUUCACUUGAUGCUGGGUAUGUUUUUCUUGUUACUACUUUAAUUACAUUGUUUAUGUUUUAAUAGGACCAUCCUCAUACAUUUUAUGUAAUGUACUUUUUUCCCCUUUCCAUUUAAACGGAUAUACUGUAUGCAUAAAACAUUCACUUUAAUUUGUCCAAUUUAAUCAUUGUUGCUGGUUAUGUUGGACAUCCAUUUUAUUUAUUAAUUUAUUUUUUUAUUUUUUAUUAUUAUUUUUUUUUUUUUGGGAGAUUUUUUUUUAUCUUUUAUACAGACUUUUAAUUGUGAAAUAUCCCCAUUGUUUAGGUGCAACCUACAAUAAACCAUACAAAUUGUUCAUGUUGCCUGUAGUCAAAUGGCUUUGAACUGUUCUUAAAUUACCUUUGUGCUUGUUUCAUUAUUGUGAACCUGUUGUACAUCCUAUAGGUUAAACAGUUUUAAAAUGUUAAACAGUUAAGAAAUUUGUUCUAUUGAAAUAAUUUUACUGUGGUUUGUUGCAUUUGUCCUUGUAUUUUUCUUUUUUCUUUUCUUUUUUUUGUGCAUUGAAGAUGGAAAAGAUACCACAAGCAAAUAAAUAAUGCACAUCAAAGUUUAAAACAGUUGCUUCUCUUUUUUACUUUUUUUUUUUUUUUUUUUUUAAUUUUAACCUUUUAAAAUCUAUUGCAUGUGUAGCUCUGUAAAGGCAAACAAAAGCUGACAGCCAAUGUAUCUUGUAAAUGUAAUCCAACCAUUUUGGUUAAAUUAAUGUUACACAAUCUAUAGAAUUACAUUUUCAUUCAAUUAUUAAAACCUGGAAUAAAGAGUGUAAUUUUGCUUGGCAUAAUACAAACACCAAUUUACGUAUAAAUUCAUAUAAAUUUUAAUCACCUGCUCUGUAAUCAUUUCAAAGUUUCAUCAGAGGACAAACAUCCAUCAGUUUCAAGCCAUAAAUAUUUUAUUCCUGAGGUUCAAAACAUUGUGUAGCACAUCUGAAAAGCUUGCAGUGCUUAAUGUGUAUUUGAGUUAGACAGUAAUGAUAUAUCAACAGAAAAUAUGCAAAAUAUGUAGCUUGAAAAAUUGUAUACAAA